AUGGAGAAGCCUGAUAUUGAACCGCGGGUCGUUGAAUCGCGGUCUUCUACUGAGUUUGACCCAGAAUUGGAAAAGAAGCUGCUGCGGAAGUUGGAUUGGCGUGUGAUCCCCGCAUUAUGGUUUCUUUUUCUUAUCUCCUUCAUGGAUCGGUCGAAUAUCGGAAAUGCGAAAAUUGCAGGAAUGACCAAGGAGUUGAAUCUCGUUGGAAAUCAGUAUAAUCUGGCAGUUACUAUGUUCACUGUCGCCUACGUCAUCUUUGGAAUGCCGGCAAACUUGCUGGUCAAGAAGUUCGGUCCUAAGAUCCUCGUUUUGUAUAUGUUUACCUGGGGUCUGUUCGUUAUGGGACAGGGUCUCACUAAAAAUGCUACCGGAUUGAUCGCCUGCCGGUUUUUCAUGGGAAUGUGUGAGGCUGGGUUUGUUCCUGGCUGCGCAUACUUGAUUGGAAGUUAUUAUAAGCGCGACGAGUUCCUUCGACGUUAUGCAAUAUUCUUCAGUGCGAACAUGGCAGCUGGUGCUUUCAACGGGCUUUUCUCGAGUCUCUUAACCGGUUUGAACAUGAGCGGAUACGCAGGAUGGAAAUGGCUGUUCCUGCUCGAGGCUAUCAUCACCAUGGGUGUCAGUGCCGUCUGCUACUGGAUCGUGGUCCCAUUCCCUGAAGAUGCGACUUUUUUGACAGCCGAUGAAAAAGCGCUGCUGCUGGCUCGUCUUGAGGCCGAUGGCGGUGGUGUUCGUACUGACCCUAUCUCGUUCAAGCGUGUAUUGGGCAUGGCAGGCGACUGGAAGAUUUGGAUCUGGUGGGUUUUCUUGGUGAUUCUCGUCAGUCGACCGAUCGCUGACGAGUACAACAGUGUCCUGGCAUACAUGGGCGCCGAAGAAAGUGCCAGCUCUCUCGUCGCGUUCCAGCCCACUAUUCUCAAAGACCUCGGAUGGACGAGCCGCUCGGCCCAGGUGCACAGCAUUCCGGUCUACGCCGUCGCCUUCGUCUUGACUCUUUCCUGCGCCUGGCUCAGUGACCGCCUCCGUCACCGUUAUCUUUUUACCAUGUUCGGCGCCGCCUUGAUCAUCAUCGGGUGGAGUGUGGAGCUGGCGCAGGUACAGCCCGCCGCCGUUCGCUAUAUGGGAAUUUUCUUCGUGGCGUCUGGAGCGUUCAUCAUGAUGUCGAACACGGUGGUGUGGUUGUGCAUCAACCUUGGCAAGGGCGUGAAACGAAGUGUGGGAAUGGGUAUCCUGCCAGCCUUUGGCAACUGCGGUGCCUUUGUGUCCGGGAACGUUUUUAUUACCAGCCAAUCUCCCAGAUACCCAGUCGGGUUCGGAGUGGGGCUGGCCUUUGCUGUGAUGGCCGCCGCGGCCUGCACGGUCUACUAUUUUGCCCUAAUGGCGGAGAACCGUCGGCGGGACAGCCAGACGGAGGACUCGACGGCCGAGACUACCAGCGACGCGGAUCUUGGCGAUGCGCAUCCUGAUUUUAGGUAUCAGCUGUAG